AUGAAGACCCCUCAAAGUUUUGAGGAACAAACGAAAUGCAUUGUGGACACUCUGCUCACAGACUUCUUAGGCACAACAUUGCAGGUUUCCGAUCGGGGGCUAUGUUCGGAUGAACCAGAUUCAGGAGAGCCUUGCUCUUUUGACGUGGCCAUCAUUGCUGGUCGCCUUCGGAUGUUGGGUGACCAGUUCAAUGGAGAAUUGGAGGCUUAUGCCAAAAGCGUCAUUGCAGAAACCACGCAGGGACAGGCAGAAGCUAUACUGAAGGACAUAGUGAAAUCUCUGAGUACGACCUGGUGUGCUCAGGAUUCCAGCUUAGCUUUUGAGAGAGCCUUUUUGGCAGUGUCAGUUAAACUUCUUGAGUGUGUGGCCCAUAUAGCUCCAGAAAUGGCAAGACAGGUGGCCGUCCCUGUGGCAAAUAUGAUCAAUGGGAACAAUGCCAUCCGGGAGUUCAUCCAGGGCCAGGGAGGUUGGGAAAAUCUGGAGAGCUGA